AUGGUCGAGGUUGAUAAGAAGAAGUUGAUGGCAAAUGAUCGAGAAGUUGAUGGAUUGCGCACAAUUGCGUUUGUCGGAAUUUCGGUGACGUAAGUUGUAUUUUGCAAAAAAAAAACUCUGCAAAAACCAUGCCGCAACUCUGCAAGCCCCGCCCCUUUCGCAUUCUCCACACGUUUUUGUUUUCUCCCGGAAAAAUCAAUAAUUUCGAAUUUCACAGAAUUUCCGCCGUUUUCCUCGCCAUCAUCGCAAUUCCAGCCUUCUACAGCUACGUCCAGAAUGUUCAAUCGAAAUUGGAUUCGGAGGUGAGUGUUUUUGGCGGGGAAAUUUGAAAAUUGGGGGAAUGCCACGUGGAAAUUGAAAUUAUUCAAAAAAAUUUUGAAAAUGAAGAAUUCUAAGCUGCCACGUGGCAAUUAGAAAGACAUUUUUCAUCAAAAAAAUCGAUAAGAAAAUGAAUUUUUCAUCAUAAAAUUGCCAAUUCCAGGUCAACUUCUGUAAACAUCGCUCGCUCAAUCUUCACUCACAAUACGAAGUUGUUGAAGAGGUCACCGGCAUUCCAUCGAAGUUCGUCGUCAAAAGAUCGGUGAAUCGAGGAACCUCGAAACGUCGUGUAAACCGCAAGAAGGUUUUGCGUCGGCGUCAAGCUCAAGAAUGUUGCUCGUGUGGAGUUGGCGCGCCUGGACCAGCCGGUCCACCAGGACUUCCAGGAAACGAUGGAAACGACGGACCAUCUGGAAAUGACGGGGAUAACGGAGCUGAUGGAAGCGAAGAUUAUGAUGGAGGAAAUGUUCGUGGAUUAUGUCAAGAUUGUCAAGAAGCACCAGCUGGACCACCAGGAACUCCAGGAAGACCAGGACCACCAGGACAACCUGGAAGAGACGGGCAAAAUGGAGGUGCAGCUCUCCCAGGACCACCAGGUCCACCUGGACCACCAGGAGCACCAGGAGGCGAUGGACAACCAGGAAGCAACGGGCAACCAGGAAACCCUGGACAAUCUCGCGAAGUUCAAGGACCCCCAGGACCACCAGGGCCACCUGGACAACCGGGAGAUGCUGGACCGGCUGGAGGACCAGGAUUACCUGGAUCCGAUGGACAUCCAGGUUCACCAGGAGGUCCAGGUUUGGCUGGAGGAAGAGGAGAAGAUGGAGCACCGGGAGCCGAUGGAUUGCCGGGAGAUGAUGGGGAAUCGGGAGCCGGAGGCGCUUGCGAUCAUUGUCCACCACCAAGAACUGCGCCAGGAUAUUAG